UAUAUGAUCCUGCCGUAUAUAUAUAUAUAGACGUAACCUAUGUCCUAUGAAUGAAUAUAUCAUCGGGGAUGGAACGAGGAGAGGACAUUAUUGAGGAGAAGCAAGCUGGUGGAGCUGCUACGAGUGAUGAGAGAUCGUCAUCCCAAAAGGUCGCCGAUGGAAAGGGCGCCGAGCCACCGGCGGCCGGAGUCUCGAACCGCCUAAAGCCUAGCGACGACGCAGAGAAGCUUGUUGCGUUCAUGGAAGACCACUACGACGACGUCGUUGCCCGCGUGCAAUCCUUCGACGAGUUCUACCACGCCAUUUUCGAGCUCAUCGAGAUGUUCUGCGAGGAACGUGGGCAGCUGCAGUACAGGUUAGCGGAGAAGAAAGCCCUCGAGGAGGCAUACAACGUCGGACGGCAAGGUGACGAAGGAGGAGUUCGAGGCGAUGAGCAGGGAGGUGGUGAAGGCGGGCAGCUUCAGGGUGGGGAAGGCGAGCCUGGAGCUUGGCGCGCUGCUGUUCGGCGCCCCGGCGUGCGCGCUGCUGGCCAAGAGGAUCCUGCCGGGCCUGGGCUGGCUGUCCGACGACGUCGUCGUGCCCCUCGCCACCUCCGGCUCCGUCGCCUACCUCAUCAAGUCCAAGAGGCUGUGAGCCUAGCUGUGACUGUCUCUGUGGACCAAGAGAGGGUUCUGAUGUGUAUUAUGAGAUUAAUUUGCACACGUACGUGCAGUGGAUAGGACUCGAUCUGCAGCUGAAACAAGCAAAGAAUUAUAUAUAUAAGCAUGGAAUAUGUAUGAUAUGUGUUAGAAAUUUAGUCAAUUUAAUCAGAAAUCUAAUCCCAAAAUAGAUAAUGGGCAGUUUU